CGUGCCAGAGGUUGAACUUUACUGACCUUUGAUGUGAGGCACUCAGCCAGGGCCAAGGGGAGAGCCUGGCAAGAUUUGCAGCCUGAAGCCAUGGGCCAGGGGGCCAUGGUGACCUGAGACUAGUGGUCUCUGUAUAGUGGCCCCCUGCUUCCCCCUCUACCUCCUUUACCCUAUACUAAGGUGACUCGUUGCCACCUCUUAAGGAAACGGCCCCUAAGGGAAUCCCUUGCCCCUAUUUUUCUGUCCUUCUAGCCUUCCAAGACAGUCCUAGCCUAUAGAACUCCUACCUCCCAUCCCCUAAGGGGGUCCCCAUUCCCUCCUUUUUUCGUCCCCCCCGCCAUGCUCCAGUUGUGGAAGGUGGUACGCCCAGCUCGGCAGCUGGAACUGCACCGCCUCAUACUGCUGCUGAUCGCUUUCAGCCUGGGCUCCAUGGGCUUCCUGGCGUACUAUGUGUCCACCAGCCCUAAGGCCAAGGAACCUUUGCCCCUGCCUUUGGGAGACUGCAGCAGCAGUGGGGCAGCUGGUCCUGGCCCUGCACGGCCUCCAGUUCCACCUCGGCCCCCUAGGCCUCCAGAGACAGCUCGAACUGAACCCGUGGUCCUUGUGUUUGUGGAAAGUGCAUACUCACAGCUGGGGCAGGAAAUUGUGGCCAUCCUGGAGUCUAGUCGUUUUCGGUAUAGCACUGAGCUGGCACCUGGCCGAGGGGACAUGCCCACAUUGACUGAUAAUACCCAUGGCCGCUAUGUCUUGGUCAUUUAUGAGAACCUGCUCAAGUAUGUCAACCUGGAUGCCUGGAGUCGGGAACUGUUAGACCGGUACUGUGUGGAGUAUGGUGUGGGCAUCAUUGGCUUUUUCCGAGCCCAUGAACACAGCCUACUGAGUGCCCAGCUCAAGGGCUUUCCCCUUUUUUUACACUCAAACUUGGGGCUCCGGGACUACCAAGUGAAUCCUUCUGCACCCCUACUGCAUCUCACACGCCCCAGCCGCCUAGAACCAGGCCCACUGCCUGGUGAUGACUGGACCAUCUUCCAAUCCAAUCACAGUACAUAUGAACCAGUGCUUCUUGCCAGCCUUCGGCCAGCUGAGCCCCUGGUGCCAGGACCGGUUCCUCGUCGGGCCCGGCUUCCCACUGUGGUACAGGACCUGGGGCUUCAUGAUGGCAUCCAGCGGGUGCUCUUUGGCCACGGCCUUUCCUUCUGGCUCCACAAACUUAUCUUCGUCGAUGCUGUUGCAUACCUCACUGGCAAGCGCCUCUGCCUGGACCUUGACCGCUACAUCUUGGUAGACAUUGAUGACAUCUUUGUGGGCAAGGAAGGGACCCGCAUGAAGGUGGCUGAUGUUGAGGCUCUGUUGACCACCCAGAACAAACUCAGGACCUUAGUCCCCAACUUCACCUUCAACUUGGGCUUCUCGGGCAAGUUCUAUCAUACUGGGACAGAGGAGGAGGAUGCAGGGGACGACAUGCUGCUGAAGCACCGCAGAGAGUUCUGGUGGUUCCCCCACAUGUGGAGCCACAUGCAGCCACACCUGUUCCACAAUCGCUCCGUGCUCGCUGACCAGAUGAGGCUCAACAAACAGUUUGCUCUGGAGCAUGGGAUUCCCACGGAUCUGGGGUAUGCUGUGGCCCCCCACCACUCGGGCGUGUACCCCAUCCACACGCAGCUCUAUGAGGCCUGGAAAUCUGUGUGGGGCAUCCAGGUGACCAGCACUGAGGAGUAUCCCCAUCUCCGCCCUGCCCGCUACCGCCGUGGCUUCAUUCACAAUGGCAUUAUGGUGCUGCCCCGGCAGACAUGUGGCCUCUUCACUCACACAAUCUUCUAUAAUGAGUAUCCUGGAGGCUCUCGUGAACUAGACCGAAGCAUCCGAGGUGGAGAGCUCUUUCUAACAGUGCUGCUUAAUCCGAUCAGCAUCUUUAUGACCCAUUUGUCCAAUUACGGAAAUGACCGGCUGGGCCUGUACACCUUUGAGAGCUUGGUGCGCUUCCUUCAGUGUUGGACACGGCUGCGCCUACAGACUCUUCCUCCUGUCCCACUUGCACAGAAGUACUUUGAACUUUUCCCUCAGGAGCGAAGCCCCCUUUGGCAGGUAAAGGUGGAGCUCAGGCUGAUGAGAGACAUGAUAGGGGUAGGGUUUUCUUGUUUGUUCGAGACAGAUCACUUGGCCUUUCUCUCCCAUUUAGGGACUACGGCUAUUCACUUCUUCCUGAGCCUGCACCCAGCUGUAACUAGCAGCUUCCCUAGCCCCAGUACAUUUGAGGAGAUUCAGUUCUUCAACGGCCCUAAUUACCACAAGGGUAUUGACUGGUACAUGGAUUUCUUCCCUGUCCCUUCCAAUGCCAGCACUGAUUUCCUAUUUGAAAAAAGUGCCACCUAUUUUGAUUCAGAGGUUGUGCCACGGCGUGGGGCUGCCCUCCUGCCACGAGCCAAGAUCAUCACUGUGCUCACCAACCCUGCUGACAGGGCCUAUUCCUGGUACCAGCAUCAGCGAGCCCAUGGAGACCCAGUUGCUCUGAAUUAUACCUUCUAUCAGGUGAUUUCAGCCUCCUCCCAGACCCCUCUGGCACUGCGCUCCCUGCAGAACCGCUGUCUUGUCCCUGGCUACUAUUCUACCCAUCUACAACGCUGGCUGACUUACUACCCCUCUGGACAGUUGCUGAUUGUGGAUGGGCAAGAGCUGCGUACCAACCCAGCAGCCUCAAUGGAGAGCAUCCAGAAGUUCCUGGGUAUCACACCCUUUCUGAACUACACACGGACCCUCAGGUUUGAUGACGAUAAGGGAUUUUGGUGCCAGGGACUUGAAGGUGGUAAGACUCGCUGUCUAGGCCGGAGCAAAGGCCGGAGGUACCCAGAUAUGGACGCUGAGUCCCGUCUUUUCCUUACGGAAUUUUUCCGGAACCAUAAUUUGGAGCUGUCGAAGCUGCUGAGCCGGCUUGGACAGCCAGUGCCCUCAUGGCUUCGGGAAGAACUGCAGCAUUCCAGUCUGGGCUGAUGUCCUAGCCUCCUGUACCAGCAAAAUACCCCCUGCUUCCCUAUGGGGCAAGCCCAGACCAGGGCCCACAAGGGGGAUUAGAGUGGCCUGGCCCCUCCCUGUCUACCUCAGUAGCCCCCAGGCCUGAGAUGGCUUAGAAGGGAAGGGUAUGCUUUUCCCAUAGUUCUUGGGCCUAAUAAAGGGGCUUCCUCUGGUACCCCACAUCAUGGUACUAGGUACCUUUGACCUAUCAUCUUGGGAGGUAGGUAGGAGUAAAAGGGUCCAGGCAGGGUGUGGAGGAAUAUAUUAGUCCAAUGAGAUUUCCCUCUUCAUCCACAGCAGUGUAUCUAUACCUGGCUAUGGGAGGGACCCUUUGCUAUGGCCCCUUUAGUCAGGCAGUGGGAUCUACCUGUGGCCCGGCCUCCCUAAUGUCAUUCACAUUGAAUGGGGAUGAGGUCGGAGAGUGGCUCAUAGAGCUAAAUGAGUCCUAGCUGUGGGCUAGAAAUGUCCUUAAUAAACAUCCUUAUUUUUCUGUUU